AUGACCCACGACGAGAAAGAACUCGAGGCGAAUGGUCCUCCGGAAAAGUCUCCUGGGUCUUUAUUCCCGGAGUUAGUCCCGGUAGAGAGCCAUGUUAAUGCCGCGGAAGACGAAGAGUCUUCAUCGGGUCAUGAGGAGCAACAGGCUGGCGAUGAGGUCAUAUACGACCGAUUCUCGAGACGGAAAAAACGAGCCUUUGUGGCCAUCCUGUCCUUUUGCGCCAUUCUCUCGCCCAUUUCCUCGACGGGCAGCUUGACGGCCGUGCCAGACAUUGCCGCGGCUUUUCACACCACGGGCUCCGUCAUCAACAUCAGCAAUGGCCUGUACACCGCCGCCAUGGGCCUUUCGGCGUUUCUCUGGGGCUCUCUGAGCACCCUCGCCGGUCGUCGUCUCGUCUUGUUGAGCAGCGUGAUAUCCUUUUUUGCGUUCUCGCUCGGCACAGCACUUUCGCCAAAUCUGGCCGCCUUCUUCGCUUUCCGUACUCUCAGCGGUUUUGGUGGAACGGGAUUGUUGGUCACGGGUCCUGGAUGCAUUGGGGAUCUAUACAAGCCGACUGAAAGAGGGACGGCAAUGGGAUGGUUCUCCAGCGGAGUUCUUGUUGGACCUGCACUUGGACCCUUACUCGGAGGCGCGAUUGUGACAUAUGUCAGCUGGAGGGACAUUUAUUGGUUACAGGUAGCCAUGAGCGGACUCGCCAGCAUUCUCGCCAUUUUUCUCAUUCCCGAGACCAUACACCGCAAGCGCUGGGACUCUAUUCCCAAAGAAGAUCGAAUGCGAGAGACGCUCAGAACCAUGAAUCCGCUCAAACUGCUGUCCCUGUUUCGUUACUCAAACAUUGCCCUGGUAUCCAUCGCGUCAUCGUCGCUCGUUUGGAACAUGUACUCCUUCCUUGUACCAAUUGUCUACGUUAUUAAUCCUCGGCUGGGUCUGACGACACCCUUGCAAUCCGGCCUGUUUUACCUGGCACCCGGAUGUGGCUACUUGCUCGGCACGUUCUUUGGCGGGCGCUGGGCCGACCGUGUUGUCAAGGAGUGGGUUCGCAAGCGGAAUGGCUAUCGCAAACCCGAGGACAGGAUGCGCAGCGCAGCUCCUUGGAUGGGUAUUGGCAUUCCCGUUUGCAUGCUCAUCUACGGAUGGUGUCUGGAAUACGAUAAAGGCGGAAUUCCUGUCAUUGCCAUUGUCAUGUUUGCACAGGGUUUCUGUCAGCUCAUGGUGUUUCCCUCUGUAAACACGUAUUGCCUUGAUGUGAUGCCGUCCCGAGCCGCAGAAGUGACCGCUGCCAACUACCUCAUGCGAUAUAUAUUUGGUGCUGCGGGUAGUGCGGUGGUGCUGCCAGCAGUCGAAAAAAUUGGCAUUGGUGCCUUUACGACCAUAUCGGCAGGUUUUGUAGCACUUGCUUGUGGCGGUAUGCUUCUUGUGAUACAUGACAAGGUGCCGUACGUCUACAAAGAAAUAGAAAACGCGUAG